UUAGCAUGUUCGGUUGAUGGUGCACUGAAAACGUGCGCUGGUAAGAACGUGUUCGAUUGGAUUGCACUACCCCAGUUCAGUGAUACUUCUAUGUUCGGUUGAGGCGCACUGUAUUGUAUAAAACGCACUGAAAUGCACUGAGAUUUUUGUCAGUGCGGUUCAGUGCAAAGUUGACGUAACCUAUAAAGUAUGGCAGGAAAAAUAUUAUUAUUGGACGAACUUAUAGAUAGUUCAAGCAGUUCCAGUGAUGAAGAAAUAACGGCAAUAGUAAUGAAAUGUACUGAAACUGAUAGAAUUCCAAAAAUAAAGAAUAUGAUGGAAAUUAUUAAUGAAUAUUCGGAUAGAGAGUUUCAGCGUCAUUUUCGUUUAAAACGGAGCACGUUUGACCAAUUAAAUACUAUGUACUCAAAUUCAGAAAUUUUUAAUUCAUUAAAAGAACAUGGUGGGUGGGAAGUUAUAAGUAGUGAUAGACAGCUGUUAUCAUUCUUAUGGUAUGCAGGAAACAAAUGUGUGAUACGAGACGUUGCAUCUAGAUUUAAUGUAGCAGAAUCUACUUUUCAUUCUAUCGUAUCAAACGUUAUUAAAUAUUUAAAUAAUAUUGCUCCAAAUAUAAUAAAAAUGCCAGAUACAGAAGAAAGAAAAAGAUUAGUUGCUCAUGAAUUUGAAAAUAUAUGUGGAUUUCCAGGAGUUCUCGGCUGUAUUGAUGGAACAUAUAUUAAAAUCAGAACGCCCGCUAAAAAAAUCAAGAGCACUUAUGUUAAUAGACAUGAUUAUCCAUCCCUAACACUGCAAGCAGUUUGUGAUGCUCAUAAAUUAUUUUUAGACGUUUUUACUGGUCCUCCGAGUAAAAUACAUGAUGCAAGAAUAUUCCAGUUGUCAUUUUUCAGUGAUGAGAUACAAAAUAUAUCAAACGAUUAUCACAUAUUAGGUGAUGCGGCAUAUCCUUUACAAAAAUAUUUACUAACUCCUUAUAGAGAUUACGGUAAUCUCACAGCGGCUCAACAAAAUUAUAAUCAUAAAUUGUCUACUACAAGAGUUAAAAUAGAAAAUACUUUUGCAUUAUUAAAACAAAGAUUUAGACAACUGAUGACACUAGAAUUUAUUACCGUUAAACGUUCCUCUAAUUUUAUUAUUUCCUGUUGUGUUUUACAUAAUUCAUGUAUCAUGAAUGAUGAUUAUUUAAAUGAAGAUAUCGAUGAUGUAGAAUAUAAUGAUGUAGAAAGGCACAUCUAUAAUGAACAGAAUCAAAAUGAUAGGAUACAAGCUGCUUCACCUCUUCAGCCACAGCAAUUGCAGCAGGAAAUGACGACAAAAUUAGUGACGUCUUUACUCUCUCGCAGCACUGCCACAGCGUGCUACGAUGAUUUUUGGAACGGUGUUGAUAGUGCUGCCAGCGCUGCCAAACAAUUUUGGAACACAGCCGAGGUGAGGUAG